GAAAAAGAGAAAAAAAAGAAACAGAGAAAGUGAGACGCUGCCGAGCAUUGGGCAAGAAAAGGAUAGGCCCAAGGAGAAAGAGAGAGAGAGAGAGAUGGCGUAUGGAAGCCGUCGCCUAAAGAUGAUGAGGAUUGGUGGUGGUGGUUGCUAUUGAGAGGGACCUCUCCAAAAGAAUACAGAAACAAAGGAAAGAAAAAGAAAAGAAAAGAAAAAAAAGAGGAUGGGCAGAUUGCGAUCGUAAGAGGAGUUUCUUGGGAAUUUUUAGUAGAGGAGAUGAGAGAUUGGGAAUUCGCAACCGCUUUCGCCGUCCCAUGCUGAAGUUCUGCCGAUUAGGAGGUUAUGUAUGGUGGAGAUAAUAACUUUGACAAGAAUAGUUGGAUUAUGAAGCUAUUCCCUCGUCGGCUUCGUGUCGGAGAAAUCGAAGAGGGGAGUCUUUGUAGGUUUCAAGCAUAGGAAUUUUAUUUUUUUUUGUGGUCAAAUUUGAAUUUUUGGGCACCAGAGAUGGGGGGAAGGUGGAACCUGUUCACUUUCCAGCUGCACAAGGUUUUGUGCGCCGUGUUGUUGAUCCAUCUCCUAAGCGAUGAAUGCUUGUCGCUAAAUCCUGAAGGAUUUGCGCUGUUACAGUUCCGCGCAAGAGUGGAAGUCGAUCCUUAUGGAGUCUUUGAGAAUUGGGAUCCAAAUGACAGCACUCCUUGCAAUUGGACUGGCGUUCGUUGCAUCGAUGGUAAUGUAAUGAUUCUGAACCUAAAAGAGUCAUCUCUGGAAGGGGUUUUGGCACCUGAGAUUGGAAAGCUUAGCCACUUGAGAGCCCUAGUGCUUUACAAGAACAAUUUUUCUGGCAUCAUACCUAAGGAGAUUGGAUACCUAAAUAUGCUGGAGCUCUUGGAUUUGAGGAAUAAUAACUUGAAUGGAACAAUUCCAAUGCAGAUAGGAGAAAUGCUAUCACUUAAGCACCUUCUGCUUUGCAGUAACAAAUUUCAAGGCAGCAUACCUUGGGUUGACAAGCCUAACAUGCACUCAGAUCUGAUAUAUGAUGGAAACCUUUCUUGUGAUGAGGCUACUAAUGUAGGUUGCUUAAACAGAAAAUUUGGGCACUGCAUCUGGCAGAGUGGCUUGCAAAAACUGAAAAAGAUUAACUCUUUUUUGACCCAUCUCAAAGGAAACAUUCUACAAGUUUUGGACAUGUUACCCAUAAACUUUUUCAACUACAGAAGCCUUUUACUGUCAAACUACGGCUUCAAAGGAGGCUCUAUACAGGGAUAUGAAGAAAGACAUGGUGACAAUUUUCAUGCUGAUUUUAGUGAGCCAUAUUUUGCACGAAGUGUAUUUGUGGAUACUGUUCGCCGUAGACUGCUUGAAGAAACCAGCAACCUUGCUGCUGCACCUGGAAGCAGUGCAAACCCUAAGGAAAUUGUCACGGUUCCCUCUACGGGAAGUGGUUCAUUUCCUGCUGUACCGAGUGGAAAUGUUAAGAAGAAACCAUCUCCAGCAUCUACAUCACCUGCAAGUCCACCUAAUAUUCCAUCUAGGUCAUCAAAGCCUCGAGAUUCAGUGGAGAACAAACAUGCAUCAAGAAAAGGAUCACUGAACUGGGUGUAUAUUCUGGUACUCCCAGUGCUUGCAUUACUCCUUAUUAUCAUGGCAUGCAUGAUUUUCGUGUGCCGGCACAAGGGAGUGGCUACAAUAGGUCCCUGGAGGACUGGAUUAAGUGGUCAGUUACAGAAGGCAUUUGUCACAGGUGUACCAAAACUAAAUCGUGCAGAACUAGAAGCUGCUUGUGAGGAUUUUAGCAAUAUUGUCAUCUCUUAUCCAGAUUACACUGUGUUUAAGGGAACAUUGUCAAGCGGAGUCGAAAUUGCAGUUGCAUCCACUGCAGUUCCCUCUGCCAAAGAGUGGUCAAAGCGCUCUGAAAUGCAUUUCAGAAAAAAGAUAGACACAUUAUCACGAAUAAACCACAAAAAUUUUGUCAAUCUUAUUGGUUACUGUGAGGAAGAUGAGCCUUUUAUGAGGAUGAUGGUGUUUGAAUACUCACCCAAUGGGUCACUUUAUGAGCAUCUUCAUGAUGAACAAUUUGAUCAUCUUGAUUGGAGUGCUAGAAAGAGGAUCGUGAUGGGGAUUGCAUACUGUCUUCAGCACAUGCAUGAGCUUAAUCCACCUAUCGCACACCCUGACCUACAGUCAACUUCUAUCUUCAUCGCAGAUGAUUAUGCUGCUAAGGUUGCGGAUAUCAAUAUUUGGAAAGAAGUUGCUGCUAAAGGAAAGAUACUUGGAGAUGAUGAUGCUGAUUUCUCUGAAUCUCCAUCUUCAGAUCUUGCAAGCAAUGUUUACAGCUUUGGAACUAUUUUAUUAGAAAUAAUCUCUGGAAAAGUUCCAUAUUCUGAAGAACAAGGCUCCCUCAUAAACUUGGCUGUGGAAUGCUUGAACAAUAACCGUGGUAUUCGCUCUAUGAUUGAUCUUUCAUUGAAGUCCCAUAAAGAAGAGGAGCUAGAUAUCAUUUGUGAUGUCAUCCAAGAUUGCAUUCAUGAGGAUCCAAAGAAGAGGCCAAUGAUGAAGGAAGUUUCAUCCAGAUUGAGGAACGUGCUUGGGAUUUCACCUGAAGCAGCAAACCCAAGACUUUCCCCGCUUUGGUGGGCUGAACUUGAGAUCCUUUCAGUGGAAGCUAGUUGAUUGGAAGGUCAUUGCUCGCUCCAACCUGGGAUCUCUUUGAAGAUCUAAUGCAACACCCCUGUAUAUUUCUUACCCUUCAUGUCUUGUGGAUUCUCAGUACUUGCCUACCCCUCCCUCCUUCUCUCCCUCUCCCUCUCUCUCUCUCUCUCCCCUUCCUCGGCAUCACUAUUUACUCCAUCAGAUCCCACAUUUUCUUCUUUCUGAGCCAUCACAGUUAAUUGUGAUCGAGAGUGUCUUGUUAUAGAAUAUAUACUUUAUCUGAGAGACCAAGGUACAAGAAAAUAGGAUGCCUAAAGAUCUCACGACGUUUUAAUGACCUAUGUUUCAAAAGUGCAACUUGAUGCAGAAUUGCACAAACAAGAUGCAGUUAUACAAUAGAUAUAUGGACUGUAAGUUUUCAUGAAUCCUUGGGUUUCAA